AUGGCGCUGACACAGGGGACCAAGCGGAAAGUCUGUUACUACUAUGAUGGGGAUGUUGGAAACUACUAUUAUGGCCAGGGCCAUCCAAUGAAACCCCACAGGAUCCGAAUGACCCACAACCUACUGCUGAACUACGGCCUUUACAGAAAAAUGGAGAUAUAUCGCCCCCACAAAGCAAAUGCAGAAGAAAUGACCAAGUAUCAUAGUGAUGACUACAUUAAAUUUCUGAGAUCUAUUCGCCCUGAUAACAUGUCUGAGUACAGCAAGCAGAUGCAGAGAUUCAAUGUUGGGGAAGAUUGCCCGGUGUUUGAUGGGUUGUUUGAGUUUUGUCAGCUGUCUGCAGGAGGCUCUGUUGCCAGCGCUGUGAAGCUGAACAAGCAACAGACAGAUAUUGCUGUGAAUUGGGCAGGAGGCCUUCACCACGCUAAGAAAUCGGAGGCUUCUGGCUUCUGUUAUGUCAACGACAUUGUCUUAGCCAUCUUGGAGCUACUAAAGUACCACCAGAGGGUGCUGUAUAUUGACAUUGAUAUUCACCAUGGAGAUGGCGUGGAGGAAGCCUUUUACACCACAGACCGUGUCAUGACUGCAUCCUUUCAUAAGUAUGGAGAAUACUUCCCAGGAACAGGGGAUCUGCGGGAUAUUGGUGCAGGCAAAGGCAAGUAUUAUGCUGUCAACUAUCCUCUCCGGGACGGAAUUGACGAUGAAUCCUAUGAGGCAAUAUUUAAGCCGGUGAUAUCUAAAGUGAUGGAGACGUUCCAGCCUAGUGCAGUUGCCUUACAGUGUGGAUCGGAUUCUCUGUCAGGGGACAGAUUGGGCUGUUUUAAUCUGACCAUCAAAGGUCAUGCCAAGUGUGUGGAGUUUGUAAAGAGUUUUAACUUGCCUAUGCUGAUGCUAGGAGGGGGUGGCUACACAAUCCGCAACGUGGCUAGAUGCUGGACUUAUGAGACUGCUGUGGCUUUGGACACGGAAAUUCCAAAUGAGCUUCCAUAUAAUGACUAUUUUGAAUACUUUGGACCAGACUUUAAGCUCCACAUCAGUCCUUCGAACAUGACCAACCAGAACACCAAUGAGUAUCUUGAGAAGAUUAAGCAGCGGCUAUUUGAGAAUCUACGCAUGCUCCCUCAUGCCCCUGGUGUCCAGAUGCAGCCGAUUCCCGAGGAUGCCGUGCAGGAGGACAGUGGAGAUGAAGAUGAAGAGGAUCCUGACAAACGCAUUUCAAUGCGCUCUGCUGACAAGAGAAUAGCCUGUGAUGAAGAAUUCUCAGACUCUGAAGAUGAAGGGGAAGGUGGUCGCAAAAAUGUUGCCAAUUUUAAGAAGUCCAAGCGCGUAAAAGCAGAAGAUGAGGAGGAGGAGGAGAAGAAAGAUGAGAAAGAAGAGGAAAAAGCCAAAGAAGAGAAAGCAGAACCCAAAGGGGUAAAGGAAGAGACUAAAUCAGCCUAAGAUGACUGCAGCUGGACAAUACCUGUCAGUACAUAGUUACACGUUUGCUUCUCUGGUAGCCUCCCAUUCCACAGGAUUGAUAGUUUAUAUGUUUCUGUAUAUAUUUCUAUAUAAAUAUAUAAAUGACUUAAGAACUGUAAAUUAUUCCUUGCUGCAUUCCGCUGAGAGCAGCUGGGGAGGGUUCUGAGUAGACAGACCUGCACUAGUCAGAAUUAGUGACGGGGAAGUUUCACUCUUGCCUUCCACUGCCUCUCUGGUGUGUGUUUUUAAAAUCAUUUUCCUCUUCUCUACCCUCUCUUUGAAAUAGCCCUUUGGAGAAUACUGAAUAUUUUUUUUUUUUUUAAAUA